AUGGCGGCCCCUGCGAUACAUCAGCAACAGCAGCAGCAGCAGCAGCUGCCGGACACGACGUCCAUCCCCGGCUACAUCAUCCUGCCGGACCCGGACGAGAAUGCGCCCCAGGCCGCCGCGCCGCCGCGGACGGCCGUCCACCCGCUUGACCAGCUCUCGGCCGUGGAAAUCACCACCACGGCGCGCCUCAUCCGCGAGCACGCCAGCCCCAAGCAGGUCAAGUUCAACUGCAUCACGCUGCGCGAGCCCAAGAAGAACGAGUAUGCCGCGUUUCGUUCACGCGUGGGCCCGCGCCCGGAGCGGCGCGCCUUCGCCAUCGUGCUCGAGCAGGGCACGGCCAACGUGGCCGAGGUGAUUGUCAACCUGACGCAGGGCCGCGUCGAGGACUGGCGCGCCGUCAGCAACGUGGCGCCGACGCUGACGCUCGAGGACCUCGACGUCAUGGAGCGCAUCGCGCGCAAGGACCCCAAGGUCAUCGAGGCGUGCGCCGAGAUCGGCAUCACCGACAUGAACACCGUCUACUUCGACGCCUGGGCCAUCGGCAUCGACCGCCGCUGGGGGUUCGAGCGCCGUCUGCAGCAGGGCCUCCCCUACUGGCGCGCGUCGCCCAGCGACAACCAGUACGCGCACCCGCUCGACUUCACCGUCGUGGCCGACACGGAGACGGAGGAGGUGCUAGCCGUGGACAUCCGCCGCGUCAACGGCGAGCGCACGGCCGUGCCGCAGGCGCAGCACAACUACCUGCCCGAGUUCAUCGGCGACAUGUACCGGCCGCAGCGGCUCAAGCCCAUCGACAUCACGCAGCCCGAAGGCGUGUCGUUUGAGAUGAAGGGCAGCGAGAUCCACUGGGCGGGCUACAAGAUGCACAUCGGCUUCAACUACCGCGAGGGCAUCGUGCUGUCCGACGUGCGCUUCGACGACCCCUGGCAGCAGCGCGAGCGCACCCUCUUCAACCGCAUCAGCGUCGUCGAGAUGGUGGUGCCCUACGGCAACCCGGAGCCGCCGCACCACCGCAAGCACGCCUUCGACGUGGGCGAGUACGGCAGCGGCUUCAUGACCAACUCGCUCAAGCUCGGGUGCGACUGCAAGGGCGCCAUCCACUACCUCGACGCCGUGCUGUCCACCAACAAGGGCCAGGCCGCCAUCAUCAAGAACGCCAUCUGCAUCCACGAGGAGGACAACGGCCUGCUGUACAAGCACACCGACUUCCGCGACGCGAGCGUCGUGUCCGCGCGCGACCGCAAGCUCAUCAUCUCGCAAAUCAUCACCGCCGCCAACUACGAGUACGGCUUCUACCACACCUUUACGCUCGACGGCACCUACAAGCUCGAGAUGAAGCUGACGGGCAUGCUCAACACGUACUGCAUGCACCCGUCCGAGACGGCCGCGCCGUUUGGCACCGAGGUGGCCCCCGGCAUCAACGCCCACAACCACCAGCACAUCUUCUCGCUGCGCGUCGACCCGGAGGUGGACGGGCCCAACAACUCGGUCAUCCAGAGCGACGCGGUGCCCUACGAGGCCGAGGUGGGCUCGGCCGAGAACCCGUUCGGCAACGGCUUCUACUGCAAGAAGACGCCGCUGCGGACCGCCAAGGAGGGCGCCGCCGUCUACUGCCACGAGACGAGCCGCGCGUGGGACAUUGUCAACCCGUCGCGCCUCAACCCGUCGGCCAAGAAGCCCGUCGCCUACAAGAUCAUCAACAACAACUGCCCCGCCGUGCUGGCCAAGCCCGGCAGCACCGUGUGGAAGCGCGCCGCCUUCGCGCGGAAAGCCCUCUGGGUAGUGCCCUACCGCGACUACGAGCUGUUCCCGGCCGGCGACUACGUGUGCCAGUCGACGGGCGACGAGGGCUGGGAGAACAACCUGACGGUCCUCGACUGGGCCAACCGCGACGAGAGCAUCGAAAACACAGACAUUGUCUGCUACCUGCAGUUUGGCCUCACGCACUUCCCCCGCACCGAGGACUUUCCCGUCAUGCCCGCGGAGCCCGUCAGCAUCAUGCUGCGCGCGAGCAACUUUUUCGAGAAGAACCCCGCGCUGUGGGUGCCGCCGUCGCAGAUCAAGUGCGACAGCUCCUCGCGGAAUGCGUUUUCCGAGAGCGCCGCCGCCGCUGCGGGUGGAUCGUGCUGUAGCGGCAAGAAGCUGCCGUCUCACCUGUAG